UGUGCUUUUUUAAAUCACAUUGGAAAAGAUCCUAACUCAUCACACAAAGUGGCAAUGCAAUGCUAUCAUGAUUUGGGAAACUCAUUGCAACAUCUUGACAAAAUUAUUGAGAAGCAAAAUUCUGAGCAGGUUGCAAAAAAUCGGUUGCAACUUCAAGUUUCCAUAGAUGCUGCAAAAUGGUGUGCAUUUCAAGCGGUGGCUUUUAGGGGUCAUGAUGAAAGUUUAGAUUCUAACAAUCGAGGUAAUUUUAUUGAGUUGAUCAAGCAUGUGUCUUCUUAUAAUGAAAAAGUGGCUGCUGUGGUUCUUGAUAAUGCUCCUCGAAAUGCAUCUUAUACUUCUCCUACGAUCCAAAAGGAGAUAUUGUCCAUUUGGUCGAUCAAGAUACAAAAGCAUAUUCGAGAGGAGAUUAGUGAUUCAAAAUUUUCUAUACUUGUUGAUGAGGCUCAAGAUAGAUCAAAAAGAGAGCAAAUGGCUAUUGUUCUUAGAUUUGUGGACAAGCAAGGCUAUAUUCGAGAGAGAUUUUUUGACAUUGUUCAUGUGCACGAAACCAAUUCCUUGACUUUGAAGAAGGAGAUAUGUGAUGUCCUUUCUCGCCAUAAUCUUAGUGUGCAAAACAUUCGUGGCCAGGGAUAUGAUGGAGCUAGUAACAUGCGUGGAGAAUGGAAUGGACUGCAAGCAUUAUUUAUUCAGGAGUGCCCCUAUGCAUAUUAUAUUCACUGUUUUGCUCAUCGACUGCAAUUAACAUUGGUAGCAACAUCUCAAGAGGUCGAGGAAGAAUUCGAAAACAAAAUGAUCCAAUUACCAUGGAGCAUCACUACAGGAUUGAUGUGUUUUUGGCAACGGUUGAUUCUCAAAUACUUGAAAUGAAGAAUAGGUUUAAGGAAGAUGUAAUAGAGUUGCUUAUUCUUAGUUCAGCAUUGCACCCCAAAGAUAAUUUUCAGGCUUUCAAUAUUGAACAAAUUUGUCAACUUGCAAACAAGUUUUAUUCAGCUGACU